CGCGUGCUUGUCGUUGAGGAUAACCCCAUCAACGCGAUGAUUCUGUCGGCGUAUUUGAGCAAGCGGGGAAUUCUGCACCAGAAGGCUUUCAACGGAGCGCUUGCGGUGGAUACAGUCAAGAAUGACAGGGAAGGCUUUGAUCUGGUGUUGAUGGACUUGCAAAUGCCUGUCAUGGACGGCUUCGAAGCAUCUGAGGCGAUUCGAUCAUAUGAAGCCGAAGUGUCGGACGAAGGGUAUGAGCGGAAGAAGACUCGCAUAUGUGCGUUGACUGGCUUGGACACUGGCGACGACAGAGAGAAAGCAAGACGGAAAGGAAUUGAUGAUUUCUUGACCAAGCCGGUGAGCCUGGAUAAGAUGGAUCGAGUGAUC